GUGCAUCCGACUCAAAUGACGGGCGAGAACCGCGGUACGUACCACGCAGGCGCCAGGAGGAGCUCCGUGGCAAUUUUGCUUAUCCUGACACUCCUGGCUGCCGGAGCCCAGGGUUGCACAGUUAUUGCACAGUUAUUGCACAGUUAUUGCACAGUUAUUGCACAGUUAUUGCACAGAAUGCUCGACACAGUCGUCUCCUUCACUCUCUCAGAGGCGCUAGCAGUGGCAGCGGCCGUCGGCCUGUUUCUGGGCCUGUUCUCGGCAGCAGCUCUCCUCGUGCUCCUGCGAUGGGUGGAGAAGCGCCUGGUAGAGGCGCGGCCCGGCGGCGACAGCCGCCCCCCGCGGCAUGCCGAACCCAGUGUUCGGCACGUGCCGCUCGAGGGCAGCUUGCAGCCUGCGCGGGACCCAGCGCCACCCACAGACGCCUUUGCGGCUGGCUGCACGCCUUCUACAGCAUGUCAGUCAGCGGCGUGCGGGUGCAGCGGGUGUGGAUCACGCGGAAUGGGCGGAUGGCGCUUGAGGCGUCGCUGCCCGCCGCCAUGGCUGCUGCUGUGCUGG